AUGACAUCAUUGAUUGAAAGAGUCGAAGAGAUUGUUCCGAAAUGGCAGAGAGGUCAAAUGUCAAAGCAUCAUCGAGUUUUGCCUGUUUUAUACAAUAUGGCUGGUAAAAACACAAAAGUCGGAACACCAACACUUCCCGAAGCAAUGAAAACAGCCGUUGCGAAGAUGGCUCCAGAUCGACACGUGGCGAAUCGAGUUAUUAUCCUUGUUUCAGCGAUGUAUCGCUCGGCUGAUAUCCAGGCUGUUAAAGAAAUUGUCCAAGAAGAAGGCAUCGGUCUUAUUUCUGUCGGACUUGAUGGAUCAGUUGGUGCGAUGAAGCCGCUCAAAGGAUACGACGUUACUCAAAUUCGAGAGCUGAACGGUAUUCGCGAGCAGGUCGAACAAUUGCUACAAGGACGAGGCCGCCUGAUCCGUCGACAGGUCGACUUCUCGAUGAACCGAGGCACUCUUCGUCGUUCAAGUUCUACCGAGCUUGAGAACAUCGCUGACCUAACUCACUUACAAGAAGUGACAACAGAAGCAGAAGAAUGA